CUGGGCACUAGGACUCUAAAUGUCCCAGGAGUAGGGAUGGCUGGUCUCCUCGUGUUAAAGGGGUUUGGACCAUGUUGAGCUCUACCUGCUUUCUGUGGGAUAUUGGAUAUCCCUUAUAUGUCUAUUUCUACAUCUUCAUCGUUAUUUUAAUUAUCUGGCAAGUGCAACAGAAUUACCGAGGACUGAAGUGGGAACAUAAAAGGAGCUGCUGCCGGCGCCAUCGAAAAGUCAGGCAGAGGGCUAGAGAUGCAGCAUCAAGAGCCAGGAGACUUUCCCAAGAAGAAGCUGAGAAGCCAUGGGAGCUGCUCUCUAUCAUGAAAAGCCAAAGCUGGCUCCCCACGGAGGGAAAUGUGCGGCAGCUCCUGUGUGUAGAUCCCUGCUGCCAAAUUUGUGAUGCUGCAACUCUAGAGAUUCAGCAGUUGCUGGAGAGCGAUAAAGGCCAGAUCUCCCCUGCUUUGCUGGAACUGCCACAGGAGUCUUCUUGCCUGGACUUGUUGCCCAUAUCCAGUGUGCCGUUUGACCACAAUAUGGAGUUUUACUCUGGGCACUCCACAGACUUUUCACUGGUACCUGUGACCCAAACACUAACGGAACAGUCAACACAGUCAGCCAGUGCAGUUGAUAUUCAGCAAUUCUGUGAUGAUCAUUUCCAGGUAGGACAGGAAUUUCAUCAGGAAGACAUGGCCAUGGUCUCUGAGACUGUGGCGUCUUCAAGGUUUAGGGAGUCUGUGGUCUUAGUGGAUGUUGGGGAGACGAUGCACAACAACCUGAACUGUGUCCAGGAGAUCCAAGGCCAUCAGUGUUUGAACUCACAGAUCUGCUUUCAAACCCUGAGCCCAGAAAGCACUCACGUCACACAUCCGAUGGCCGUAUCCGUUGUCAGCAUUGUCCCACAGCCAUUCCUCAGUCCUGCGGUGGUCAGGCUUCUUGAGCUACAUGUGAAAAAACUGAUGCAUUCCCAGAGGUGGGGGCUCCCCAGACGCGUAGAGGAGUCCCUGAGUCAACUGAUGCCAAACCCACCAAUGUACUUCCAGCCUGAAAAUAGCCAUAACCAACACUUUUCUUUCAUCCUGAAUAAUACUUCCCAAGACUGUGGAAAUAGGUUUGGGAGUAUUUCCCACCAGAUCUGGCAUGCAUAUGCAGACAGCCAACCUAUCCAGACCUUUUGGGUUUCUGAGUGGUCUAAUGUGGACCCAGAACAAGAAACACACCGUGAACAAAUCCCAAACCCUGGGGGAAAGACUUUAUUCACUCCUGACCAUAACGUUGUACGUAGUAUCUGUCUGCAGCCUGAGGAACAGGCUAACGACUCCAGGGACAAUCUUCAGAAGAAAUUCACUCAGUUAUUCUGUGGCCUCCCUUCUAUGCACAGUGAGUCCUUGGUCACUACCUUCCUGGGCACUCAAGAUCUCUCCCAGGACAGGCCUAGACGCCCCUGUGAAGAUUCUCAUCUCUUGACAGAGUCCUCAACCUCACCCUUGCCCCUGCCGCCCCACACUCCACCUAAGGCAGCCCCUCCUCCUUCCUCAAUUUCUCCCAAUGAGUGUUUAUAUGAGCAUCAAGAGGCUCAGAUCGCCGUGCCAUUUCUGACUCUGGCCGAGUGUAAAACCUUGGAAUGGCACCUUCUGCAAAGACAGCUUCAGCUUCAGUGGGGCCUCCCAGCCGUCAUCCCCGGAUCUCCCUAUAUGCCGAGACACAUACAGUACAAGCCAUGUAAUAAGGCAAAGUCACGCGAGACUUUAAAAGCCCCCUGGCGAGGAAAGUGCUUCUCAGUCCUCACCAGAGACCUUUUCUUUGUCCCGGAGCACGUGCGCAGGCUGCUGGAAUUCCACUUCCAGAAGCAGCUGAUUCACCUUCGCUGGGGCCUGCCCCAGAGGAUCCAGCGCUCCAUUCACCUGCUCAUCUCCUCUGCUGACCAGCAGGCCCUGUCCUGCAGCAGCAGCGGCGGCGGCGGCGGCGGCGGCAGGGCACUAGCCAGUGUGAGCAUCCCUCAGCCAGGCAACCCAGAGGCCGAUGGGUCCGGUGACAGGUUCGCAUCCGCAGUGGACAAAGGGCCGAUCCCCAUGCCACACUUGUUUGCCCAGGCAAAGGAAAUGUUGAAGAGCCACGUUGAUUCUAAAUGUGAUCAGAUCCACCAGGGCAAGGUCCCUGCCUGUGUCCAACGCUCCUGGGGGUUCUCCAGGAGCUUGGCAGCAGGGACUCCUUUCCCAAGCAUCCCACCAUGCCAACCCCUGGAGUCACAGGCGGAAAGUAAACCUGACCUACAUCACAAAGUUGUUCCUCAGGAACCAAGGGGGGACCAGGAGAAGCAGGCCCUAUCAGGCACUCUCAUUGAACACUGUAAGCGGCCCCAAGCCCUGUCUGAGGAGACCAUCAAGAAACUGGAGACAACUUUACGACAUAAGUAUCUGGCCUUCCUGUCAGGCCUUCCUGCCGUGUACUGUGUGACUCCCUCUAGAACAACAUCCCCAGCAAUUGUUGGCCAGUUUGCAGUCACAGAGAUGAUGCCUAGGCCUGUUAAAAUUCCACAGGAACCCCUAACACUUGAAGACCCACAUCUGAGUGGACUUGAGCCUUGUCCUGGGAAUGGCAGAGAGACUCCAAGCCCUUGUCCUGGGGAUGACAGCAAAAUAUCAAGUCCUUGUCCUGGAAAUGACAACAAGACAUCAAGCCCUUGUCCUCAGGAUGACAGCAAGAAAUCAAGCCCUUGUCCUCAGGACUACAGUGAGGUGUCAAUCCCUUGUCCUCAGGACGACAGUGAGGUGUCAAUCCCUUGUCCUCAGGACGACAGUGAGGUGUCAAGCCCUUGUCCUCAGGACGACAGUAAGGUCUCAAGCCCUUGUCCUCAGGACUACAGUGAGGUGUCUGUGAAUAUUACAGAAGAGGUCCAGCCUGAAGUGCAGGAGGAAAGGACAGAGAUGGUGCCUCUAGGGAGCCAGAUUCCCAGCCCUAACCCAUCUAACAAAGAGAUGGUGGAGAGACUGAGUUUCCAUCUGAAAAAAAAAGUCCUAGAGAUAAAGUUGGGAAUUCCUAUAACGGCAAAUGAGCUUCUAGAGCCAAAUGCAGGGGACACAGAGAGUGAAUGCCUGCAGGAACCUGUCAGGAGUCUCAGUAUCCCAGAAAGCACCGCGCUACAGAAACUGCCCAAAUCAGGUGACCUUCCUGCAGCCCCAGAUGCAAGUACCGUCCACCUGGGAAAACGGCCAGCCGCUGCAGGGCAGGCUGUGUGUCACAAGCCAAGGCAGCCUAGCUCCAAAGCAGUGCCCCAGCGCUCUGCCCCAGAGAAUGCGACCAAGGCCCAAGUGCCCUGUGCUCAGAUGGAGACCAGUGGGGAGAAGCUCAGCCUGGAGGAAGCCCUUAGCACUGAGCCUCAAGACCCAGGCAAGAGCAAGUACUCAGACCAUGUCCCCACACUGACAGAAAAGAGCCACGAGCCAGGGAAGCCCAAGGCAGAGGGGGACUCUGGAGAAAGGGGUGCAGGUCUGCAGAUUUCCCUGACCAGUGAGAGAACACACCGUGAUGCAGACCAGGAGCCGGAAAAGGGGCCUGUGCGCGGGACACCCCAGGGCUCCUCACAGCACCGGCCUAGCUUUCAUCUUGAGAGUCCCUGUCCACCCAGCUCCCAGGAGCCCCCUGAGCUGGAGUUCCCGGAUCCACCUCCAGAAGUCUUCAUGGAGAUGGAACCUGAACGUGACACUCAAGACAGCCAAACCAGGACAAAUGCCAUCCGGCAACCUGCAAGGGUUGCUGUGGUCCCCCAGCCUUUGGCCUCCCAGGCUUCCCAGGGCCUUCCUUUCCCACGCCCACAAAUUCAGGGAAAGCCUUUUCGAGGUCAAACUAGGCAAGACCACAUUUCACGGGGGCGGGUGGUGCCAACCCCUCCUCACGCUAGCCCUAACCUUCCAGAGGCUAGCUUGAAAAAUAAGGUGAAAUCCUUUCUUUACUCCAUUAACCCCAAGAUAAAAGGCAAAACACAUGUGGAACCCAUGGUCUCAACACCUGCAAAAGUGGCCAAAACCAGCAAAGAAAAUGUUGACAAGGGUCUGCCUCAAGCCAAAAGCCCCACUAAGAAAACUAAGGCAGAGAGCUGCAGAGGGCCCAGGGCCCAGUCUGCUGCACCCACUAAGAAGUCAGUGAUGACACCCUUCUUAACUGCUCCCCAUAUUCUAGACAGUAAGCUCCAGCCGAACUCUCGGCAGCAUGGCUCUGUCUCAGUAUCAGGCCAGCCCCGACAUUGUCCUCGGCACUGUCCUAGAUUGGCUUAUGCCACUCAAUACAGAAACCCACCCUAGGUCCCAAGCAAGGUUUACCUCAGAAGUGUUGUUCUGUUAAUGGAGACCAUUCAGGGCGAUGGUAGCCUCUCGGCUCCCCCUCCUCGCUACCCUUUAAAGAGCACUAUUGUUGUCAUUUUCUUUAAUGAACAGGUGGGUUAAAGAACCACCCAAAAUAUAUUCUGUAUCUGUAAACAAA